GAGCUGCCAACUCCCAGCCCUGGGCAGUCAUUGAGGGACUCUGUGGCUGUCACUGCUCCAUGUUCUCCAGCCUCUCCAUCACCCUUCCAGCCCCCUGGCAUCUGAGCCCUAGUGGAGGUAUCCCUUUAUAUCACACUCCCCACUUUCCCCUGGUUUCACUCUGAGAUAAAGGGGCCAUUUCCCUCCCCAUGUCCAUAACAGCUCAGUGCCACAAGACCAGCCAAGAUGAUUUACAGGAACUGCAGGGUCUGGCGCAGUAUCCCAGGGAUAGUGAGGGUGCAUGGGAGUCUUGCUCCCAUUUUCCAUAAUAAAUCCCAGUGGGAACUGAAUGUUCUUGGUCAGGGAUGGAGACAAAUUCCACACCACAUUUUUCUUCUGAUCUGCCCUUGGGACUUUUAAUCUCAAAUCUGUUAUUGCCACCCCACUGAGUACUGGAAGGCAGGGAUACCAAUUACAGCAGGUUUGAUAUCCCUUCCAGCUAGGUUUUUUUCCCCUGACUAGCUUGGGGUGGUUCAAGCCAAUUCCUUUCCCUCCAUUAGCAGCAGCAGUGUGUGGGUGCUGGUUUCCUCACUCCAGUUUUGCUAGGUAUAAAGCCUUGGAGAGCCCCUGUCUGUCCCAUCCCUCUCCUGGCAGGUCCCUUGGGACAGGGCAAUGGCUGAGCUGCCCAUCGCAGAGCUGCCUCCAGCCUGCUACAGCGGCUACUUCACUCUCAGCACCCUCCUGGACGUGGAGGAGGGUGGUUGUGGUUUCUAUAUGCCCACCGAGGGCUCCAGUUGUGACAGAACCACCCAGCUCUUGGGCAGCAUCCUCUGCACCAGGACCUUCAGCUACAACAUGGUGGAUGUCAUGCCCACCUAUGAGUACUACACCAACAGCAAGAGGGUGGGAGACACUGGGAAAGGCAGACCUUUGCUGGUGAACCUGCACUCCAUCCUCAAGCUGGACCCAGGCCACCUCUGUGCAUCCGUGUCUGACCCACAGCGGAGCAAUGGGCUGAUUGAGGCCAGCUCAGAGGAGGUACCAGGGGAGCUGGGCAGAGACCUUGCACUGGAGCCCAUCCACUUUGGAUGGGUGAAGGGUGUGAUGGUGAGUGUGACUGAUCCCAUGGGAGCACCCUCUCCUAGGAGAGCUGGCAUGGUCCCAGUGCCCGAAGGCUGGUGGUCAGUGUCCCCUCUCUGUCCCCCCAGAUUUGCUGCAUUCUGAACAUCUGGGGAGAUGUCCUCUACCUGUGCCUGACCAGGUUCACUGCCCAGGCAGGAAUCGGUGGGUGCUGCAGCACAGCACAGGCAGGACAGCAGCACCAAACUCUCUGUCACCCAAAGCACUAGGGGGCCAGUGCCAGCAGCAUCAAGCAUGGUGGGAGGCAGUGGAUGGGGUCCUUGUGGGUCUCUGAGGGAAGGCAGGGGGGUCUAUGGGGCUGGGGGGUGGAUGGAGAUGGACACAGGGUCACAGCUGUGCCCUCUUCCUGCAGCCCUGAUGUGACUCAUCAUCCUGAUGUCUGCAAUGGUGACCACCAUCGCUGGCUUAUCCAUCUCUGCCAUAUCCACCAAUGGCAAAGUGAAGUCAGGUAGCAUGUGUGUGUCCUGGCACGGCCACCACUCCUGGCAUGGGCUGCAAGUUGCAAGAGGGGCCAAAAAACGUGCUGGAGAGGCAGCAAACACCACAGGGUGUUCCCACCGCUUCAGGCGGCACCUAUUUCUUCAUCUCAUGUAGCCUUGGGCUGGAGCUGGGUGGCUCCAUCAGGCUGA